AUGAAUUUGGACAUUAUAAAACCAAGUAUUAAUUUUAAGACAGGUGAAUUUGCAAUAUGGCUGAAUCAGCUAUUCAAAAAGAUACUAAGUAAUGAGAAGGAUAACAUAUUUCUAUUGAGAAUCAUUUAGACAUUGAUAUGUUACUAUUAGCAUUAUAUUGUGGCAUAAAACUUUGGAUAAUAAUAAUUGGAAGAGAUUUAAUAAUUAUUGAAAGCCUAUAGACAUUUGAUGUAGAGUCUCAUUUGUGGAAGUCAAUAGUUCAAGAAUUUAAAACAUAUUCCUGUAGAUAUUGAAUAUUAGAUUACAUUGAGUCAUUACUUUUAUAUUGAAUCUUAGAUGAAACUAAUAAAUCAGAUCAAAUAAAAGUGUUAGAAAGAUCAUCAUGGAUCUCAUGAUUCCUUCUUCAAUUUGUAUGCAUUGUAAGAGUUGAUUGCUUAUAUUCAAUAAUAAUUGCAGGAGUAUUACCUUAGUUUGAUUAAAUUAUGUCAAAUAUAUGGGAAGAGAUCUUAAAUUUUCAUUUGGAACUUUUGCUAUGAACUCAUCAGAAUGAAGAAAUAUGAAGGUGAUGUUCUAGAGUCCUAUUUGCAGACAUUGAUCAAUCAGCCUGACAUUAUCCACGACAUUGUAGUCAGUGAUGAAAUGAUUGUGUAUUACUAUGAUUGUCCAAACAUGGUGAAUAUGAAACAGAAAUCACAAUUGAAAUUGAAUGAAUUGAUUAGAUGGGCUAAUCUCUUAAUACAACAAUAGGAACAUGAGUAGAUCUUACUGUAUUAGGAAUAAUAUUCGAGACAGAGUCAAAUUCUGAUGAAAGAUGUAACCAAGACUUUGGACAAAUAUAAUUUGAUCUAAUUGCAAAACUACGAAAUAUUUGAAUAAGAGAAAUUAAAAUAUGAUCAAUCUAAAACAUUAUGA